AUGCUGCUUGGUACCUCUCGGCAGCGGAGGAAGAUUUUCUUUGGGUUCACGUUUGCAGCGAAUUCUUCGCUCACGAGUUUUAACAGGACAGUAUGUGCCAACUCUACAUUCUGGCUUCAACGUGCACAUCAGGGAGAAUCUUCACGGGAUUACCAGUACCUCAAUCAAUCAAGUAUUGAUGACCUCUGUCUUCAACUCUCCAACGAUGUUUCUGGGGGAUCUUCUCCAGAUGCUACAGAAGACUGCUUAACACUGCUAAGCAGCAAAACUCUUACCGCCCAGGAUUUUAGAAGAUGUUUUCUGCCCAAUAACACAGCCCUUAUUGCCUCUUUGUGCGGAAAUGAUUCGUCUCAAAUACCUCAAGAUGGGAGCUGGGCAGCCGAGUACUGCUCCAAAGCCAUCCCUAAUCACUCUCAUGGGGUCCCCAAAGAAAACUGCGAUUACUCGAACUGGAAAGCAGAACAUUUUAUGAACACCACCGCACUUGAGAUUUGCAGCAAUAAAGCUGGUUUGAAGGACUAUAUUUGCAAAAACGCCACACUGUACCUCACAUUGGUUCUAAAGCAACCUUCGUUCUUAGACUACUGUUUGAACUCUGAAGAGAAGCAGGGCACCAAGUGCGUCCUCAACAUUCCUGUUUCCCCAUCGCUCUCUUCCUUCACAGUGUGCUGA